CAUCAACUCAUUCUUUUUUCCCUCCAGCGUCCCCACAAACAUCAUUUCUCCAUCAAUACUCUCUCCUUUCCCUCCCUCCUUUCUCCACUUUCUCUUCUCUCUCACUCCGCACAGAAAUGAAUUUCAUCUCCCCCAUCUCUCCCAAUCUCUCCCAAUCUCUCCUCACCACCACACUCCACAUACUCACCUCUCUCCUCCUAGUCUCAUCCUCCACCACCUUUAAAUCCGAUCACGACCUCUCCUACAUAGAGUCCUCAGCCUUCUCCAAGCCCGACAAGAAUCUCUCCGCGACUAUUUCGUGUGUCCCGAUAAUACCGCCCCCGAAGAUCAACUCGGACUGCGAGACAUGGAGCCCGGAGUGCUCGAAACAAGUGAUGGAGAUGGCGAAAAAACCGGAGUUCGUAGAGUGGAUAACGAAGAUCAGGAGACAGAUACAUGAGAACCCGGAGCUCGCUUUCGAGGAGCAUCAAACGAGUCAACUCGUGAGAGACGAGCUGGUGAAACUCGGAAUCGGCUUCCGAUUUCCUCUGGCUAUUACCGGGAUUCGUGCCACUAUUGGGACUGGCGCGCCUCCUUACGUGGCGCUUCGAGCUGAUAUGGACGCUCUCCCCAUCCAGGAGGCUGUUGAAUGGGAGUACAAGAGCAAAGUUGCUGGAAAAAUGCAUGCUUGCGGUCAUGAUGCUCACGUCGCAAUGGUCCUGGGGGCAGCUAAAAUUCUAAAAAGCCGGGAGAAGCAUUUGAAGGGCACAGUAGUUGUGAUAUUUCAGCCAGCAGAGGAGGCAGGGAAUGGUGCGAAAAAAAUGAUUGAAGAUGGGGCUCUUCAAGAUGUGGAGGCUAUAUUUGCAGUUCAUGUAUCACAUCAGCAUUUAACGGGUGUAAUCGGUUCAAGGCCGGGUCCUUUGCUUGCUGGCUGUGGAAUUUUCAGAGCUGUCAUUACUGGAAAACAAGGCCCUGCAGGGAACCCACACCACUCUGUUGAUCCUAUUUUGGCCGCGUCUGCUGCUGUCAUUAGUUUACAAGGGAUCGUCUCUCGUGAAUCCAAUCCAUUGGAUUCCCAGGUGGUCUCAGUUGCUUCAUUCAUGGGCGGAGACGACCUCGGGAUGAUAGCUGAUUCUGUAGUUCUUAAGGGCACUUUAAGGGCUUUCUCUAACACUAGCUUCUACCAGCUCAUGGAAAGGAUAGAGCAGGUCAUUGUUAACCAAGCAAACGUCUUCAGAUGCUCUGCAACAGUGGACUUCUUUAAGAAGCAAAGCACAAUAUAUCCGCCAACAGUCAACGACAAUGAAAUGUAUGAACACGUCAGAAAAGUUGCCUCUGAUUUGCUUGGGCCUGCAAAUUUUCGAGUAGUCCCACCGAUGAUGGGAGCAGAAGACUUCUCUUUCUACUCUGAGGUAGUCCCUGCAGCCUUCUAUUAUAUAGGUAUAAUGAACGAGACGUUGGGUUCAACGCACACAGGACAUUCACCUCAUUUCAUGAUCGACGAAGAUGUUCUUCCCAUAGGUGCUGCAACUCAUGCUGCGAUUAUUGAAAGAUAUCUUAAUGAGUAUCAUUCAUAAUAAAUUGUCACCCUAUCCAUCUUCUUCUUUCAAUAUUUGUUUCUCUAACCAGGUCGAAAAGAAAACCUGGCUUGCUUACUUGACUCUUCUUCUGAAGUUGUAGCAAGUAACAAGGCCUUGGCUAGUGAGUAGUUAGGUUCUGAUGCAUGUUAAUAUAUUAGUAUUUAGUUGUACACAAGUAUGUUUUUCA